UCUCUCUUCAUAUACUUGUCUUCACACCAACUACUGUACGUAUGCCAUAGUCCAAGACCAUGGCAAGCACAUCAUUGGCUGCGGUUCGUAAGAUCCGACGUGCGCAGCGGGCCGAUGGUCCCGCGGCCAUGCUUGGUAUUGGCACCGCAAAUCCAGCAUACUACGUGCUUCAGGAUGAGUUCCCUGACUACUAUUUCCACAUCACAAAGAUGGAGCACCUCACCGACCUCAAAGAUACAUUCAGUAAACUAUGUCGGAUAGUGGGGCCAAAGAAACGUUUCUUUCACCACACGGAGCAACUGCUCAACACCAACCCAGCUUUCAUCCACGGGAUGCCCUCAGCUCUGGACGCGAGGCUCGACAUUGUCGCUAAGGCUGCUCCUGUGCUUGCCGCGUCGGCCGCCGCCAAGGCCAUUGUGAGAUGGGGCCGCCCGGCCACCGACAUCACCCACCUCGUUGUCAGCACCAACGCCGAGGCCCGUUCCCCCGGUGCGGACCUCAGGCUGGCCAUGCUCCUCGGCCUUCGCCCCAACGUCUGCCGCAGCAUGCUCCAGCUUAACGGCUGCUCGGCCGGCUGCGCCGCGCUACGCCUGGCCAAGGACCUCGCUGAGAACAAUCACGGCGCGCGCGUGCUGGUGGCCUGCGUCGAGCUCACCAUCACCUCCUUCCGUGGCCCCCACGAAGGGGACAACUUCGACACCCUCAUCCCGCAGGCGCUGUUCGGCGAUGGCGCAGGCGCGGUCAUCAUCGGCGCGGAUGGCUUGCACCCCGCUGAGCUCCCGCUCUUUGAGAUGGUGUCCACCUCGCAGGCCCUGAUACCUGGGUCGGAGCAGCUGCUUAACAUGAGGCUCGGAGAGGGCGGGAUUGACGGCGACAUCUCCUCCAACUUGCCGAGGUUCGCCGCACAGAAUCUCGAGGGCUGCCUGCGUGAUGCGUUUAGGCCGCUCGCCGUCAGUGGCGUCGAGUGGAAGUGGAACGACCUCUUCUGGGCAGUCCAUCCCGGCAGCCUUGGGAUCUUGGACCACAUCGAUUCGGUUCUUGGGCUGGAGCCAAGGAAGCUGGCGGCGAGCCGGACUGUGGUGAGAGAGUACGGGAACAUGCUCUCUGCGACGGUGAUAUUUGUGCUUGAGGAGCUGCGCCGGCAAAUGGAUGAGGAAGGAGAUGAGGCUGAGUGGGGGAUGAUGGUUGGCUUUGGACCAGGAUUCACUGUUGAGACCAUGGUGCUGCACGCUACAAAGUACUAGCAGCAUACAUCAAGAAAAGAAUUAUAUUAGCACUUGUUUAAGCAUUGCAAAUUAAAGGCAGA